AUGCAUUACACGGGAAAACUGGAAGACGGGAUGGAGUUUGAUAGCAGCUUAACUCGCGAUCAGCCCUUUAUCUUCUCGUUGGGCACUGGACAAGUCAUCAAAGGCUGGGAUCAGGGCCUGCUUGGGAUGUGCGAGGGUGAGAAGAGGAAAUUAGUCAUUCCCUCCGAGCUGGGUUAUGGAGAUCGGGGGGCACCACCCAAAAUCCCAGGCGGCGCCACGUUAAUUUUCGAAGUUGAGCUCUUGAAGAUCGAACGGCGGCAAGAACUAUAG